AAAAACACAACUCACCAAGCAAUCACAACUUAGAGAAAACCGUGUAGGUGACGGGGGAUUUACAUAUCAUAUAAUCACGAAUAUCAUACAGGUGUGUGAAAAAGGUUGCCAACCGACAAUAAACACCGACGAAGAAGAAGAAGAAGGUGUCUGAAAUGAAGGGCGCACUGGAGCUGCUGCAGAGGGUGAGCGCGCACCCGGACGCGCGCUGCUGGUGCGUCGCGUGGAGCCCGUCUGGCACUUUGCUCGCGUCAUGCGGCGGGGACCGCGCGAUAAGAAUUUGGGCUAAAGAAGGGGACAGUUGGGAAUGUAAGAGUGUCCUUUCCGAUGGACACCAGCGUACGGUCAGAAAGGUGGCCUGGUCUCCCUGCGGGAAAUAUCUGGCGUCCGCCAGCUUUGAUGCCACAACAUGCAUCUGGAAGAAGACGAAUGAUGAUUUUGAGUCCCUGACCGUGCUAGAAGGUCAUGAGAACGAGGUCAAGUGUGUGGCCUGGGCUCCGUCUGGAAACUUACUGGCCACCUGCAGCAGAGACAAAAGUGUCUGGAUCUGGGAAGUGGACGAGGAGGAUGAAUAUGAGUGUGUAAGUGUUGUGAAUUCACACACGCAGGACGUGAAGCAUGUCGUUUGGCACCCAACGCAGGAGCUUCUGGCAUCAGCCAGUUAUGACAACAAAGUGUGUAUUUAUAAAGAGGAGGAUGAUGACUGGGAAUGUAGAGCCACGUUAGAGGGUCACGAAUCCACUGUUUGGAGUCUGGCCUUUGACCCUGAAGGAAAGAGACUGGCGUCUUGUAGCGAUGAUCGUACCGUGAAGAUCUGGAAGGAGUCGACGCCUGGAGACGGUUCAUCAGAAGGGUCCUGGAAGUGUCUAUGUACCUUGUCUGGAUUCCAUGGGAGAACAAUAAAUGUACAUAACUGGUGUCGUCUGACCGGUGCCUUGGCCACAGCGUGUGGCGAUGACGGAGUCCGAGUGUUCACAGAAGACCCCACUGUUGACCCAGAGCAGCCCGUCUUCUUCAUGUCAGCCCAUGUGCCCAAAGCCCACGGUCAGGACGUCAACUGCGUGUCCUGGAACCCGAAGGAGGCGGGACUGCUGGCCACCUGCAGUGACAACGGAGAGUUUGCCAUCUGGAAGUACAGCUCUGAUUCCUGAGCUGGUGAAUGACACUCGAUCAGACAGAAGCACUGAUGAAUUUCAACUGCUCCAAGUGACAUCAUGGGUCAUCAUGAGGAACAGUGGUUGUUUUUAUUCUGGCUGUGAGUGAGGAAACUGAGUGUAUUAGCAGCACUGGCUGUAUUGAAAGACAAUAUACUCUUUAACUCUCAUCACUCUGUUUUUCGAUGGGUCAAUUGUAACUUAUCAGAAUUGUUUUUGACAGUAUUAAAGUAUUUCAGCUUUAUCUGUGGCUUAAAAUUCCUUCAGUUCUUUAAUUAAAUAAAGCUUCUUGAUGCUGAAGAUAAAACAUCCUAAUUGUUCUUUUUAUCAUGUCUCAUAUUGAUUGAUAUUAAACAUAUUUAGAGUCUGUUAAGUGAAUUAAUCUAUAAUAGUUGUGUUAAAGUAAUGUUCCACUUUUAUUAGACCUUUGUCUGGGUAAAUAUUUACUUGUUGACAGGAAUGAAAGCAAGCCUGACAGAUAGAAGUGCAUUCAGUGCAUUGAACUGUUGUUGAACAACAUGCUGAUUCUGGGGAAAAACCUCUAGGACCUUCAUGCAGUGUGUGCCAUUGUAAAGACUGUUAGUCUGUCUUUCACAGCCUCAUUUCAACUGUUAUGGUGUAUACAAGUGAAAACAUACCAUGAUGUUUUAAUGCCCAUUUCACAGAGUAAUUUCUACUUUUCUGAACUUUGGUUAUAAGUUACUGAUGAUAUAUUAGAUUUUUUUACAUGGAUAAGUUUCUGUUUUGGCAAACUUGUUACAACGAGCUGAUGUCUAACAAUGUCUUGUGGUUAUACUUUCAGUUAAAUUGUGUUGAAAUAAUUGUCUGAUGUCACUGAAAGAAUAUCAAGUUUUAUUUGACCUGGUACGUGUAAACAAUAGUCUGAUCAUCGUAAAGGAAUAGUUCAACCAAAAUUAAUUGGAGAAAUUUCUCAUCAGUGGAUCCUCUGCAGUGAAUGGGUGCCGUCAGAAUGAGAGUCCAAACAGCUGAUAAAAACAUCACAAUAAUUCACACCACUCGAAUCCAUCACUUAUCAUCUUGUGAAGUGAAAAGAUGUGUGUUUGUAGGAAACAAAUCCAUCAUUCUGACUAAAAUGGAAGUCCUAGCAAUAAUUUUACUUUCUCCACAACUUUUUCAAUGGUGGAAAUGUUAUGGAUUAUGGACUAAUUUUAUCCUGAAGCAGUGGUUUAAUGUUAAAACGCCUUGAUGGAUUUGUUUCUUACAAACACUCACAAGACAUUAACUGAUGGACAGGAGUGUUGUGGAUUAUUUAUUUUGAUGUUUUAUCAGCUGUUAGGACUCUCAUUCUGACGGCACCCAUUCACUGCAGAGCAAGUGAUAGAAUGCUACAUUUCUCUAAAUCUGUUCUCAUUAAGAAACAAACUCAUUUACAUCAUGGAUGAUCUGAGGGUGAGCAAAUCUUUUGCAAAUUUAGUUUUUGGGUGAACUAUUCUAUUUAGUCAUAUGAACUAAUAAUAUCAUGUUUCAUAAAACUAUUACGAUAAUGUAAUGUUUGAAGUAAGAAGCAGAAGGUAUAUGAUAAAAACUCAUCCUGAAGUAAAUAAAGAACAAAUCUGAUGAA